CAGAAAAGCGUGCGCAAACAAGAACCUUAAGCCUCCUCUCUUCUCUGAUGUUCUUGUAGUUGUGACUACAAACACCCUCGUAUCUCUCUCCUCCUAGUAUCUUUUACCUCGUUCCAUUUCCACUCAAUUGAAACGCCACCGUUUUAUAUUACGCAUCCAAAGUUUUCAGAUACAGCCAGGUUUCAGAAACAGAGGAGCUUCGAAUCAAACAAGGGAUAUGGCCCUGAGACGCCUGCUGACUCAGGUUUCAAGGCAUCAAAAAGAGUUGGGACAGCUGAGAAAAGUUUUUGCCAGAACAUAUUUUCCGGUCAACAGGGUUGCAGGAGGUGCUGGAGGGAAUACAAUUUGUAAUACUCAAGAGAGGUUUCAGUCAAGCUAUGUGCGCAAUUUCGCUCGCUUGGCGCAUGAAGUUGAUGAUGCUGAUGAACUUAACCAUUUAAGAACACUGUCCAGGCAAAAUGAUCCUGAAGAAGUAAUACGAUUAUUUGAAAGUACACCAUCACUGCAUUCUAACACUUCAGCACUUUCAGAAUAUGUGAAAUCAUUGGUAAAAGUUGGCAGGCUGGAUGAGAACGAGUUACUGAGGACAUUGCAGAAAGGUGUAGCCAACUCUGCAAGGGACGAAGAAAGCAUUGGCGGUUUCUCGGUUCUUAGGAAUGUUGGAAAGUCUACAAAAGAUGGUGUUCUUGGAACCGCAAGUGCACCUAUUCAUAUGGUGGCCAGAGAAGGAGGCCAAUUUAAAGAGCAGCUGUGGCGGACAGUUCGCACAAUUGCACUAGCCUUUCUUUUAAUAUCUGGUGUAGGAGCACUCAUUGAAGAUAGAGGAAUAAGCAAAGGACUUGGACUGAAUGAAGAGGUCCAACCUAGCAUGGAAUCUAGCACAAAGUUUAGUGAUGUGAAGGGAGUUGAUGAGGCUAAGUCAGAGCUAGAAGAAAUUGUUCACUAUCUCCGAGAUCCUAAGCGUUUCACUCGUCUUGGUGGCAAGCUGCCAAAGGGUGUUUUGCUUGUUGGCCCACCUGGCACUGGCAAGACAAUGUUAGCUAGAGCAAUUGCUGGAGAAGCAGGGGUACCUUUCUUUUCAUGCAGCGGCAGUGAAUUUGAAGAGAUGUUUGUUGGUGUUGGAGCUCGAAGGGUGAGGGAUCUCUUUGCAGCUGCAAAGAAGCGCUCACCGUGUAUAAUAUUUAUGGAUGAGAUUGAUGCUAUAGGAGGAAGUCGCAACCCAAAGGAUCAGCAGUACAUGAAGAUGACUUUGAAUCAGUUACUUGUUGAACUUGAUGGGUUUAAACAAAAUGAAGGAAUUAUUGUUAUUGCUGCCACUAAUUUCCCAGAGUCAUUGGACAAGGCAUUGGUGAGACCUGGACGGUUUGAUCGCCACAUUGUUGUUCCCAAUCCUGAUGUUGUAGGGCGGAGGCAGAUUAUGGAAGUUCACAUGUCAAAGGUUCUGAAGGCUGAUGAUGUUGAUCUGAUGAUCAUUGCUAGAGGAACUCCUGGUUUCUCUGGUGCUGAUCUUGCCAACUUGAUCAAUGUAGCUGCUCUGAAGGCUGCCAUGGAUGGUGCUAAGGCAGUGAACAUGGCUGAUCUGGAGUAUGCAAAGGACAAGAUUAUGAUGGGAAGUGAGCGGAAGUCGGCUGUUAUAUCUGAUGAGUCCCGAAAGCUAACAGCAUUUCAUGAGGGUGGCCAUGCACUUGUGGCUAUCCAUACUGAUGGUGCUCAUCCAGUUCACAAGGCGACAAUAGUUCCACGUGGUAUGGCACUUGGCAUGGUUGCCCAGUUACCCGAAAAGGAUGAGACAAGUGUCUCACGGAAACAGAUGCUUGCCCGGCUUGACGUUUGCAUGGGAGGACGGGUUGCAGAAGAGCUCAUCUUUGGCGAAAGUGAAGUAACUUCUGGGGCUUCUGAUGAUCUCCGGCAAGCAACUUCUCUUGCUAGAGCAAUGGUUACCAAGUAUGGCAUGAGCAAAGAAGUGGGGCUUGUCACUCACAAUUAUGACGACAAUGGGAAGAGCAUGAGCACAGAAACUAGGUUGCUUAUUGAAGAAGAAGUGAAGCGCCUUCUGGAAACAGCUUACAACAAUGCGAAGAAUAUACUUACUACACAUCACAAGGAGCUCCAUGCUCUUGCUAAUGCCUUACUGGAGAAAGAGACACUCACUGGAAAGCAGAUCAAGGUCUUGCUUGCUAACUUGAACUCUCAGCAAAAUCAACAAGCACAACAGCAAGUGGUCGCGGAAAAGAGUAGGAUUCAAAAGCGGAGAGUUGUCAUAGAAAACAGCCAUGGGGAGAAGCUUGUGGGGAUACUACAUGAUACGGGUUCAAAGGAGCUCGUUGUGUUCUGCCAUGGCUUACAUUCCUCAAAGGAACACAUUCCUAUGGUGAACCUUGCGGCCGCAUUGGAAGAGCAAGGAAUAAGUGCUUUCCGCUUUGACUUUGCUGGAAAUGGGGAAAGUGAAGGUUUAUUUCAGUAUGGUAACUAUCGCAGAGAAGCUGAUGAUUUACGUGCAGUAGUUCAACACUUUCUUGGGUGUCAUUAUGCAAUAACUGCAAUCGUUGGGCACAGUAAAGGAGGAAAUGCAGUGAUCUUGUAUGGUGCAAAGUACAGGGAUGUUCCAUUGGUUGUAAAUAUUUCUGGGCGAUUUAAUCUGGAAAGAGGAAUUGAAGGUCGCUUAGGUAAAGAUUAUCUACAAAGAAUUAAGCAAGACGGAUUUAUUGAUGUGAAGAACAAAAGAGGCACAUUUCAGUAUCGAGUAACUCAAGAGAGUUUGUUGGAGCGGCUAAGGAUUGAUAUGCGUGCAGCCUGCCUGUCAAUUGAUCAAAAUUCCAGGGUUUUGACAGUUCAUGGAUCAAAGGAUAAGACGGUACUUGUUGAAGAUGCUUACGAGUUCAACAAGUUCAUACCUAAUCAUAAACUAUACAUUGUGGAAGGAGCUGAUCAUGAAUUCACUUCACAUCAAAACGAGUUAGCUUCAAUCGUGUCAAGCUUCAUUAAGAAAGAUUUUAACCAGCACAACUUUAUGCUCAAACAUUCAUCAGUUGGCACAAGAGCAGCAGAUGGAUUUGUUAAUUCACGAUUGUAAGAGUGUACAUCAUGAAAUUUAGAACUUCUCGGUACAGUUGCAGUCACCACUUGGCACAGGAGCAGCAGAUGAAUCAUUAAAUUCAAUACUUUGUUCCUGUAAAUGCUUGUAAUAUUACUCAACUCUGUAUUUCAAAGUAAUAUCAAUUACAUUGGCUAGGAAUAACAAUAGAAACUCAGAUUUUUGUUUCAUUUUGAUUCUGUAAUUGAUUUUGUUAUACUUGGAUUCCAAGACAGGUCA